AUCAAUUACUGGAAUUGAGAUUUGAGAGCAGCUUUCUUUCUCCAUUUCUUAUGCUCCGACGGAGGGAGCACGCCGCUAAAGACGUCGAAACUUACCCAGAUAAAUGUUGAGAGGUUUAUAAAUUGUGCUACCGGUCUCGUACUCCAUAAGGAUUAAAUCGUCGGCAAAUGCCCCCCUUUAAUUGAUUGCUUCUCUCUCCGCAGACCUUGGUGACGGAUAUUGCUUCUGAAACUGUUAUCUUUAUUUUGGGGCAUUUCUGCAGAAUGGUUUGAGGAUUGUCUGGCAAUAGUCUUUGAUGGAGAGGUCAGAAGGCAAGGAAGCAGAGAGUGCCACCAGCAGAAACUGGGACGUAUUGUUCCAUCUCUUUGCUAAAGCAAUUGCGGAUGAGAACGACAAACGUAAAAUUCAGGCUAUGAUCAAGCUUGCAAAGAUGUCAAAACAUGCACCUGAAAGUAUAUUGGGACUUACUGUGCCAAUGCUAUUAGAGCUUCUUGGAAGCCCGCGGCAUAAUUUGAGUGCACCAGUUCAGGAAGCUUCUGCUUACUGCUUGAAAUGUAUUGCUUCUCACGGUGAAUUGGCAGAUCUUAUGGGUCAAUCAGGUGCCAUUCCUAUUCUGUUGAGACUGUUGCGAAAUUCUGAAGAGGGUUUUCGGAGGCCUUUGUUGAAGUGCCUCCGAAAUGUUGUAACAUUUUGGAUCCCAAAUCGCAUGAUUUUGGCUAGCCACGGUGGACUGGAAAUCAUCCUUGCUAUGCUUACUUCCAGCUCAGGUGAGUCGAAGUUGAUUUUAUUGGAAAUCUUGAGUGCAUUGGCUCUUGUGAGAGAGGUUAGAAAGUUUCUUUGGAAUUCAAGGAGAGUCAGUCUUCUUGUUGAAGCUGCUAGUCAUGGCACAGCGAUCUCUAGAACUAGGGCUGCUCAGGCAAUUGGCUUACUUGGAUUGAUUAAAAGAGCACGUCGUGCAAUUGUGGAUGCGGGUGCUGUACCAGUGCUUAUGCAUUUACUUGCAGAGGGAGAUAACACAAUGAAAGUGGUAGCUGGUAACGCACUUGGUGUGAUCUCUUCCCAUGUUGAUCACAUUAGACCUAUUGCUCAAGCAGGAGUUAUUCCUUUGUACGCUGAGCUUCUUCACGGGUCUGAUGCUGCUGGCAAGGAAGUUGCAGAGGAUGUACUCUGUGUGUUAGCUGUUUGUGAAGAGAAUGCAGUAACAAUUGUCCAACACUUGGUCAGAAUUCUCAGAGGAGAUGAUGUUGGAGCUAAAGCUGCAGCUGCUGAUGUUAUAUGGGAUCUGUCGAGCUACAAAUACUCAUCUCCUGUACUACAGAACUCUGGUGCUAUUCCAAUUCUAGUUGAACUAUUGGUGGAUGAGAACAUCGAUGUUAGAGAGAAAGUUGCAGGAGCUGUUGCUCAGUUGAGCCAAAACGAGGCUGAUCGAGCAGUUCUUGCUAAUUCUGGAGCGAUACAACGGCUCAUCAAUAUAUUAGAAGCAGAGUCUAAUGAGCUGAGAGAUAAUGCUGCAGAAGCCCUUGUAAAUUUCUCUUUGGACCCAUUACUAGGAGAGCAGAUCUCCUGUAUAUUAGAGAAUCCCAUAUUCCAGAAUAUGCAUCUUAGAGUAAUGCAGAUGCGCGCCGCUGAUCGACAUAUGGAUCUGUCUUUACCAGACCAACUCACUUUGGACCCUGCCCUUUUCUAAAUUUUCAUUUUUAAGUUUAAACUUAUCAGUAGCAUUGCCUGUAUUGAGCUUUUGAUGUAAUGCCCAUGGAACUAGCCUUUGAUAUGGUAAAUAUGUAGACACCAGAUUCGGUUAA